GGGAUUGGAUUCAAUUCCAGAUGACAACUUGGUCAGCAGCCAAUCAACCCAAAAUUCAGUUUCACGCAGCAAAUCGAUGAAUUCUGCAGACCGGUUCGAUGGAUGUGACUCAAUUCAGCAUCACCGGGUAAAGUCGAGUCAAUCAUUUAGAGAGAUGCCUACAUUUUUUGAGCUAGAUAAUGAGGAAUUCUUUGUUCUCAGCUUUGAGAGUGAGAGGAAAAGCAAGGAAACAAAAACAAAAGGGAGGAAAUGUGAAAAGGAACAGAGCGAAAAAACCGAAAACAGAAGAAAAAGAAAGGCAGAGAAGAAGAAGCAACUUCAAGAAGGACAAAGCAGAAGGACUUUGAAAGAUUUGAAUUGGAGAGAGAUGAUGAGAAGCAGAAGCACUUCAGAUAGAAGCACUUCUGAUGAAGAUUCAAAAAGUACUUCAAUUGCUACAAAGACGAUAGAGAAGAAGAAGACUACAUGUGAUGUGCUUAAAAAUGUAGAAUCUGAGUUCAGCUCAGAAGAUUUAAGCCCGGUUUCGAUUCUCGAUUGUGGUCAAUUUCUUGUUGAUCCGGAAGUCCUUUCUUCAGAAGAAGAUCGAAGUUUUGCCAAUUCAUGCAAAGAAAUUUGUCCAAAUGGUGAUGCAAGAAGAACAAAGAGAAGAGAAGGCAAUUGUCUUGGACCAAAGAAGAAAGAAUUUCACAGAGCAAAGCAUAUUGGGAUGUGGAGUGAGAUUUAUAGGCUGACUGAAGCUGAAUUGGUCGGUUCAAAUUGGAUCAUAAAAAACAAAGGCACGUGGAAUUUUGAAGCUAUUUCUGCAGGCAUUGGUGCAGAUUUCGAGUCACAGAUUCUUGGUCAAUUAUUAGACGAGCUUGUAGAUCAAUUUGCUGAUUUUCCCAUGGAAAUUCAGAACCUGUAAGAUUUACAACCUUUGUAAAUUUUAGCAUCAAAAUAAAUCAAAUCAACCAACAAAAUAUUGUAUUUCUUAGAAGCAUAGAUUUUCUUCGUUCAAGCGAUAGUAAAUCUGUCUUAAUUAAAUUUAAAUUAUGAAGAGUUAGAUUUGAACUUCGA